GUCACAACGCUCUCGCCUAGCGGAGAGAGCGGCAGGGCGGAGAGCGUCGACGACAGCGGCGAACAUUCGCCCCUUCGCCGGCGUCUUGUCAGUGAGAGCCGAGUGUGCGCUGCCGCUGUCCGGUUUCGUCCCCCACCGUGUGGGAGACUCGCGCACCGUGCGGUGCACUGACGGUCUUCUGACGGCUGCGAUGACGGCGUCUACGACGUCGACGUGUCAGCGCUGAGUCGGGUUUUAACCCCCCAGAGAACCGCUGGAUUUGGGUGCGUGUGUGUUUUCGUGGAACCGUCGCGUCGUCCACGAACUUCGGAGUUUCACGCUUGUCGCGGAAACUAUCCGAGGAACGCCGGGAUCUUCACCGACCGGUGCGAGAGACGCGGGCGGUGGCAGGGACACGGGCUGUGGCCCGAGGGCGAGGCGCCAUGCUCUUCGGAGCCGAUUCUAUGGACAUGAAGUCCGGGCCGGGUCGGCGAGUCGUCCAGGCAGGCACCUUGAGCAUGGGUCCUGGUGGGAACGGGCUCGGGGCUCUGGGAAUGGCUGGUCUUCUGCCUGGUCCUGAGUGCGCCGGCUGCCAGAAGCCUAUCCGCGAGCGGUUCCUGCUCAAGGCCCUGGACCAGCUGUGGCACGAGGACUGCCUCAAGUGCGCCUGCUGCGACUGCAGGCUCGGCGAGGUCGGCUCCACGCUCUUCACAAAGGCCAACCUCAUCCUCUGCAAGAGGGACUACCUCAGGCUCUUCGGAACGACUGGCCUCUGUUCGGCAUGCAGCAAGACGAUCCCUGCCUUUGAGAUGGUUAUGAGGGCACGAGGAAACGUAUACCACCUGGAGUGUUUCGCUUGCCAGCACUGCAACCACAGGUUCUGCGUUGGCGACCGGUUCUACCUUUUCGACAACAAGAUCCUCUGUGAGUACGACUACGAGGAGCGGUUGUCCUUCCAGAACGUCCCUUUCCCCGGCCACACACCCAGCAGCAACGCGAACAGCAACAAUGGUUCCUCCGGCGGCAACAACCCGUCGUCUGGCAAUCCGUCGGGCAGCCGGGACGGCAAUGCCUCUAACAACGCCGGUAGCAACGCCGGAGGUCCUCCGACCAGCGGCACGUCUCCAGGCAGCAACGCUACGCUCCAGAGGCUCAAGAGGCACACGUUGGACCAUAUGGCCGUGCAGGACGACGCAUCGAGCGGCUACGGGAGCCCGGACUCUCUGCUGAGUGACGGCAAGUGACCCAGGGACAAGAGCGGCCGUACGCACGCCGCCGCUGGGCUCACUUGCAAACAGGGCCUGAGCUAAUAAUGCCCCUUCUGGCGGACUCUACCGGAGCUGCGAACACUUCCCGUCUCUGCUCCGUGCGUGACAGUGCGAGUGUAUGUGUGCGUGUGUGUGUGUGUCUGUGCGCCUGAAGGCAGCAUCCGGCCUAUUCCCAGAUGCUGCGUCCAGUGAGACUAUGUCGUUGAUGUCGUCGUGGCGCCGUCCGACCUUCCCGGAGUGUCCGCCAGACCCGGUUUGAAGCGGGACAUCCCGGACGGGGGCACUCCGGCCUUCGAGGACGGCGCAUUCUGGCUAGUCGUGGCCGCAUGGCGGCGCCUCGGAGGAUCCCACGUGACACGCCUGCAAGUCCCGGAUGCCGAGGGAGGGGGCGGGACCCCUGUCUCAGCGGCGGAUGGACCCUCGCUCUCUGCAGACGCGUGUGCAUAGUCCCUGUACAGUGAAAGCCUGUCGUGUCAACAACCCUGUAAAUACUGCGUCGCGGAAGACGCGCCCGGGAUGACCCGGCGAGACAGAGAAAAACAUUAAAAUAAUGUACAGUCCUUCA